GGCAGAGCAGUCAGUCAAUAUGUUUCAUUAAUCUAAAUAUCGGUUAUGAAACUACAUUUACCUUUCCUUUAACUCACGUCGUUUUCUGGCUGCCAUUUUACAACAGUAGAGUUAGAUGACAGAAAUACAUGAUACCAAGACAUGGGAAGACUUUUUUAAUGCCCCUGUUCAAUGUAAUAGGCUGAUGUUAAGCGGCUUCAGGCUUUUCCUCGUCUCUGGGCAUAUAUAGCCGCUCAAAUAAAGAUAGGAAAUGCUAUCCCAGCUAUCCUAACCUAUGAACUUAAAAUCCAACUGAAAACUAAGAGGAAAUUGUUUUAGCCGUAUUGUAAUGAAAGGGUUACUCUCAGUCGUACUUAUUUGCAAACUUCUAAAAAGAUUGAAGAAAAAAGCACUUGGGGGCGUGGUUAGAACCAACACAUGUUAUCAGAAUAAGAAACAAUGUUAAAGAAUGCUGAACCCAGUACCAUGUUAUCUAAACUGUUCAAUCUAACGUGAACUACACCUCACAGAUAACUAAGCAGAUCAUUGGAUAGCUUCAUGCAGUAUCUCUCAGUUCUAGCCAAUCACAGUUCACCUUUGGUAUGUCAAUGUGGGUCUGCAAAGUCAAAAUCAUUUAUUUCAGUGAGUACAGCGCAAGUCCAGCACCAAAAAAUCGCAAUGCUAGCAAGAUUGUUUGCUAUGAUACUUCUAAGAGAAGCAUUGCAGAUUGAGACGCAAGAGGAUCCUCGUUGGAUCACUGUGAAAACUGCGGAACUUGGAAAUACUGUUUCUCUAGAUUGUGCAGCUUUACCAGACGAUAGAGAAAAGCUUUACUGGCAUAAGCAAUCUCUUGGAUGUGUUCCCCAGACAGUCGCUGCUAUAACAUAUGGAAAAAGGACAUUCAAUCCACCCUUUCAUUUGAGAUUCACAGUGGGAUUGGACUUUAAUUUGACAAUCAGAAACGUAACAAAAAGCGAUGAAGCUAACUAUUUCUGUCAACAAGGUGUUUUUAACAGUUGGAACAAGGGCACAUUUGUAUCUGUGAAAGAUCCCAAUGGCCAGAGGUUUGUCUCCCAGACUGUGGUCCAACAGCCUGUGACUGCAUCAGCUCAGCUGGGAGACCCUGUGGCUCUCCAGUGCUCUAUUACCUCCCAGAGGACGGACCACGGUAACCAGUGCCAAGGGGAACCCAGUGUGUACUGGUUCAGAUCAGGACCAUCUCACCCUGCUGCCAUUUACAUGAAUGGAAACAGGAGUGGUGAAUGUCAGAAUAGUUCUGGGCCUCCGUCUGCUCCACAGAGCUGUGUCUACACUCUGCCCAAGAACAAUGUAGACUCCUCUGAUGCUGGGACCUACUACUGUGCCCUGGCAGCAUGUGGGGAAGUUGUGUUUGGAAGUGGAACCACAUUGGACAUAACAGAACUCGGCAUGACUCAAGUUACCCUGGUGCUUGGAAUACUGUUGGCUUGCUGUCUGGUUGUGAUUAUAAUCCUCUUUCUAACCAGAAAUAAAAAGCAUGUUUGUGAGCAUUGCAAAGGAACACAGAGUGCCUCCGACCAUGUUGAUCAUGACUCAGUGAUUCAGGAACAGAACGGGGAAACAGAUUCCUUGAACUACGCAGCGUUGAAGUUCUCUGCCAGGAAAACCAGAGGAAUGAAGAAGAACAGUGUAAGGACUGAGGAGAGUGUGUAUUCUGCUGUGAGAGAAACUUGCCAAUAAAUCCAUCCACCUGGCCAUUGUAUUGUUUGAAUUUCUUAAACUUGUAGUCUGGUUGAUGUUCAUUAAAUUGCUAAAGAUUAACACGUUUAUGACGUUCAAAUAACAUUUAACAGCGCUGGUAAGUGAAGUUGAAGUGGGGAUGAACCCGCAUUCAUAUAUAAUCUGAGGUUCCCUAUUGAUUUAACUUUCAGGCAUUGCUGUUAAUAAAUACUACUAACCAGCUUGCAUUGUGUGAAAUUGUAAUCCUAAAUCCUCAUAAUUUGAUAACAUACGAUCAAUUGAAAAUUAAAUCGAGAUCAAAUAAUUAAAGUUCAAUAGUUUUUCUAAUAAGACUUCUCAUUAUGUUUGCAUAUUUGUGUAAACUUAUGAUCAUAUCCUUCGUCAGUAGUGACACAAGGUUCUUGUUGCUAGAAUAUGUAAACUGGUAUUAGAAGGAACGGCCAAAGACCUUGACCAUGGGGCUGUUAUGCUCUGAACCACUUGGCUAACCGGCCUACUUUGUUGGAAAUUUACAGUGAAAAAUAAAUGUAAUGAACAGUACAUAAAUAAA